AUGCCACUAUUUACUCUUCCCAUUGCCGAUACAUCACAAACAUCUACCACAACUCCCCAAGUCCACUUUGCACCCCUCCCCCUACGACCGCAAAAGCGCAAAAGACGUGAGAGCAAUAGCGAACCGAUUGACGAUUACAAUAAUGAUUAUACUGCGAAUACAAAUAGUAAUACAGGAAAGGGGAAAGGAGUAGAGAAUAGAGGACCAUCAGAGCCGUCUGCGGAAAUUACAAACCCAUUGAGUUUAACUCCUGCAGAGGUGAUGCAAUAUCGAUUAGCUGGUUUGGGACUCGAUAAAGAAUUACCAUCCAAAAUUGGAGUUAAACAUUGGCCUCAUAGAGGUUUACCGCUUUCAUACUCUAUCAAUUCUGACGAUCACGAUUCUGCUACCAAUACCCGCGCUAAUGAAGAGGAUGACUCGGAGGAAGAAUCUGCUAAAAGUCGAAGGGAAAGGGAAAGACGGAAAAGAGAUGAAAGGAAGACUGGGAGGUCGAAUUUAAGGAUUCAACAUUUAAGCGUGCUGGUUGCGAUUAUGAUGAGGAAUCUAGAAGAGGGUGAUAUGGAGAGGGCGGGACGAGCUUGGGCUUUACUUUUGAGGAUGCAGAUUGCUGGGCAGGGAGUAGAGAUUAGAAAGACGGGUUAUUGGGGAAUUGGGGCUGAGUUAUUGAUAAGAGGUGCGGUGAAUCAACAGAGAAAGGAAUGGUGGGAGGCAGAUGCUGAGGAAGCGAGUGGUGAUGAAGCGAAUAUUGAUAGUGACGGGGAACCAAAAGAAGACGAUAAAGGAAAAAGGGGUGGCGAAGAAGGUGAAGAAAAGAGAUAUGGUACGGCUGAAGGACUCCUCAAAGUGAAAGAUUAUUAUGAACGUCUCAUUCUUCAAUAUCCUUACAAACGACAAUUCCAUGGUUCAGUCAAUGCUCUAGAUUUCUGGCCUGCGAUGCUUGGAUGCGAAAUUUAUGGCAUACAAUUUGAGCACAAAGCUGGGUUAAGAAAGAUUGCCAAGCAAGCUGAAAAAGACGAAGAAGGGGACAUUAGUGAUAGUGAUAUCAGUGAUGAAGAGGAAGACAUGGACGAUGACGAAGAAGGAGAUCCUGGGGAUAAAGCAUUCGCAGCUCAUCAACGACGCCAAGACCGCCUUCAUAAACGACGAAAAGAAAAACGCUGGGAGGAAAGAGAUGAAGUUCGACGAACAGCAUUAGUAGCCACAGAAGUAGUAGCCCAAAGAAUGGAUGAAUUGAUGACGACUCCUCCAUAUUCGGAUUCCCCGGUUCUAAUAAGACUAAGAGGAAUGGUGGCAUUAUACAUUGGAGAUCUAUGUGUACCGGAAAAAUGGGAUGGAGACGAGGAAUGGUUGGGUAAAGUGAGAGGUGGAGAUACGGAGGCGGAUAGAAGGUUUCUUGGACGACAAAGGGAUGCGGAGCUUAGAAGGGGUAAGGAGAAAAGGGAAGACGAGAGGAGAAGGGCGAGGGCAUUGUUUGGAAAAAUUGGACUUGAGUGGGAUGAUGGGGAUGAGGGGAUGGAUUUGGAUAUGACAUUGGAGGGAUAUGAAGGAGAUGAAUAA